AAAAGGGUUCCUGGAUAAGGUGUUGAAUAAGCUUAGCCUUUUUCAACAAGGUGUCCAUUUAAGUAAGAACAACACCAUAGCAUUGGGCCACCAACAUAACAAUUUAUCAAAGUAGUGAACGUGAAUCAACUAAACAUGAUGAACGUGACUAGAAGAAAUUCCCAUGUGUCCUCGAGAAUGCUUUGAUCAUUAUAAGAAAUAGUCUGGGCUUGUCCUUUGCAAUAUAAGGAUUGAGCCACCUUGCUGCACCUUGUUACUUUGGUUAUUCGUUACUUGCUCCUAAUUUUCUUGCUAUCAAACUAUCUGUUAUUACUACUUUACACCACUUGUAGAGAAUACCUUGUUGAAACCGCUUAUCAAUUCCUUCUGCUCCUCGUUGGGUUCGACACUCUUACUUAUCAAAAGGACUAUGAUUGAUCCCCUAUACUUGUUGGUCAUCAGAGAUUUCUUCAUGAAAAACUUGAUAUGAUCAUUCCUAUGCUUACUUCUAAUUUUAAAAAGUUCCUUCUAAUCCUAAUGAUGUUCCUUUAGCUUCUUUGAUUGAAAAAAAUAAGGAUCAAGUUGAUGUUAAUUUUAUUUUAGGAAUAACUUUAGUAACAAUGCUUAUAGGAGUAAUUUUGGGAAAAAUACUUGGUCGUAUCCUCCUAAUCCUUCAAAUUCCUAUGGGAAUUCUUACAACAAUAAUGAUUGAAUACCUAGUGAACUUGAGGGGGUUAUAAAGCAUUUUAUUGUUCAACAAAAGGCUGUCAACAUUAACGUAAGUGAAAAUUCUGUAAAAUCUUGAUUCUGUUGCUUGUACGGUUGAUAGCCUAGUCCAUGAAGUUGAUUUGCUUAAGAUAAAAAUAUUACCAUCUUCUAAAGAUGAUAUACCAGAAUCUCGAAAGCUAUCCAAAUUUCCAUAGAUUACAAUGCUAAGAUGAUUGCUAUGCUAAGAGCUCAAAGAGAAAGAGAGGCUAGGAAAGCUGAAAUUCAUUCUACUUCUAACGAUGAGGAUAUUGAAAUUUUGAGUACUAGUGGUGAACCAACUAUAGACCGUUUGCCUAGAGGUCUUAAUUAUGUUAAAGAUGAAGACUAAUCUUGUCACAAAAAUGUCAAAAGUGAGACUGGAGAGGUUAAAACUUCAGGUGGCAUUACUCUCAUUUUGCAUUAUAAGGAUUUUAAUUAUGAUAAUUGUUGUGUUACUGAAUGUAUUACACUAUUGAAACCAUGAUGAACUCUCCUAAUGCUUAUGAACAAAAAAAAUUGUUGGAAACUUCCAAUUUAUGUAUCUUCAAUCAUGGCAGUACAAGGUACACUAGAAAUAAUAAAAAAUUACAUAUAGAUCUGUAGAUCACCUACCUCCGACUACAAGCACUGAAGCGAGUCGAAGGCACACCACCAUCAUCGCCCCUCCCUCGCCGAAGCCGGGCAAGUUGUAGUAGACCCAUAGGACCAGCGCAAUAGAACAACAACUGCCCGCCGAUGAGGAGUAGCAUAGAUCGGAAGGAUCCACCCUGAAGACACACAAACAUGGAUGAACAACAAACAUAUCCAAGAAAAUGCACCAAAGAUAGAUGAGCCGGAGACACACCUCCACACACCUACCAACAAUGCUAGACGCACAUCAGGGUGGGAGCUGGAUGGGGUGAAUCUUAUUCCAUCUUCAAGGAGCCACCAACGUGCCGUCUUCCUAAGUAGGACACGAACCAUAAAGAAAUUUGAAGAAACAAGUAAAAACGGAGCCCUCCCGCUGGCAACGAGUUCCACCGCGCUCCGAUAUCACUAUGGCCACCGGAGACGAGACGGACAUGCGGCGUCGCCAACGGGAGGCAGAGGAACCCUAAGCUUUAUUUGGAGCAGAGGUGGCUAAUUACAACUGUAUCCCUAACAAAACAAAACUUUUACUAAACAUAUUGUUGACACACUUACCAAAGCUAGUGGAGAAAAAAUAGAAUAAGAGGCUUAAAAUUCCGAGAAAAUUAGAGGAUGGUUGGGAACCUACUAUCAAGAUUAAAAUCAAGAGUUAUAAAUGCAAUUCUUUAUGUGAUUUGCGUGCUAGUGUUGCCACCAUACUAAGAGCUUUAUAUGAUGUGCUUGGUUUGAAUUCUAUGUUCAAAUGCACUUUAAUUUGACAUCGUGCAGAUCCAACUAUUAAGAAACUUUUGGGAAGAAUAUAUGUUGUUCAAAUUAUAGCAAAUAUGAAUUAUGUUCCCGUCGAUUUCAUUAUUAUGGAUAUAGAAUGCAAUCCCUUAUGCCUUACAAUACUUGGUAGACCUUUCUUGAGAACUAUUGGUGCAAUUAUUGAUAUAAAAGAGGGCAACGUAAUGUUUUAAUUUGCAUUAAAAAGGGGGAUGGACCACUUCCCUAGGAAGAAAAAUAAAUUACCUUAUGAAUUUAUUAUGAGAGCUACAUAUGCUUUUAUCAUUAAGUGAUGAGAAAAUGUGAUAAAAUUAUCAUGCCUAGCUAAAAGGUAUUAAAGAAUGCUUGUUGGGUGGUAACCCAAUAUUUAUCUUUAAUAUGUUUUUGUCUACAUGAUUAUGCCACUCUAGUAAUCAUGUUUUGUAUCUUUUCUUUAAAUAAAGUGCCAAGAGUAGCCUCUUAGAUAUUAAAAUUAAAACUACAAGUUUGAUAUGUGUUGUGCAGAAACAUAAAUGGCAGUGUCCACAAAGGGUGUGAAGGCGCAGCCGUGUUGGGUGAUGAUCUUUCUACGUCUUUGCGUUGCACGAUGUCGAUAGUGGCGCCAGACUCUCUCCGAGCGACGCUCGUCGGUGUAGAUGGGAGGUAAAAUAGGAAUGAAUACAAGUGGCCAAAACAUGAUGGGUGGGAGAGUGAUGCCGAGAGCGGUGAAGGGAGAGAGUGGUGUCGGGGAUGGGCUGUGAGGUUUUCAUUCUGGAGGGGCAGCGGAUAAUUGAUUAUACAAUGCCUGAAGAAAACAAUAGUUACCGAUGAGAAAAGGGUCUUAUUUGAAUACACUACACCGACAGGUUGAAUACAGUAGCCCGUUAGUGAUUUUUCAUCCUUUUUUCUAUCAUCGAGGCAAGCUAUCACUGACUGGUCAGUUUUAGACCGGUGUGUGAUAACGAUCUUACUGAGUUUAAAAGUCGAUAUCAUUGAAACCUUAGGAGAGGCCGGUCAGUGAUAAGGCUUAUCACUGAUGCGUGAUCAAUGGUUGGUCGGUGCCAAGGGGUCUCUCCUAUUUAGAUCUGUAUCAGUGAAAGAGUGAACUACGUGUGUGGAGGCACGUACCAUGGACUUCUGGCCCAUUAACUGUCAGUGCCCAUGAUCUCAUCGAGAAUCAUUACUUGAGAAUAGGGCUCAAUCGCACAAUGAGUCAUUGAAUGGAACAUAAGAUGGCCCGGCUAGUUUAUCUCGUUUAGCUAGCUACAAGAUGCGGUUUCAGGAAAAGGUUCCAGUCUAUUUUUUUAGCCUUUUAUUUUUUUAAAUCUUAUUUACACUUUUCAAUUUUUGUUUUUAAAACAUUUUAGAAAAUCCCAUGGUUAAGAAUAUUUAUGUUUUAUUAAAAAUGUUAAAAAAAACUCUGAUUUUUAAAAGAUGGUUCAAUAUUUACAAAAUAUCCAACUGUAAAUAAAUUCAUAUUUUUCUCAAGAUGUUAAAAAAAUUCAAAAAACUAUUCACAAGUUUUAAAAUGUGUUAUUUUUUACUAAAAUGUUUACAUUCAUAAAGAAAUCCCGAAGUUUAUUUUUACCUUUUUGAAAUAAAAUAAAGGUUAUUUUUAAGGGAAAGACAACUUGAUAACUAGUAGAACCGAAAAAAUCUGGCUUCCACGCUGGUAAUCUGGGUUGGCCCAGUCGGUGAGUCACUCUUUUGGGAGAAAUCAACAUUUAAUCGCACAGAGCGACCAAUAUGACCUUGAUAUAAUAGUGCAAAGACUCAUUCUUUGGGAGGGACCGACAUUUGGUCGCACAGAACAACAAAUAGGACAUCCAUAGAAUAGUGGAAAGACUCACUUAUUGUAUAGAGUAGCGCAAAGCUCAUUUAUUGUCGGUACACAAUGAACAUUUUAAAAUGCACGUUGAAGAUUCUUUUAAAAUGCAAAAUGAACAUUUUUAAUGUGCAAACAUUUUAAGUAUUUAUUAAUAUUUUAUAAUGGCAAAAAUAAUAUUUUUUAUACAUUAUGAACAUUUUUUAAACUUGUACGAGCAAUUUUUUCUAUUUCUUGAUGUUUUAAAUGCCAUGAUUUUUUUUAAAUAUUAUGAAAAAUUGUUUAAUGAUAUGCAUAUUUUUUACAAAUUAAGCAAACAAAAGUUUGUUCCAUUCAUAAAGACUUAACUAUGAUAUUUAAAAAGUUGAAUGUGUGUUAAAAAAUCUUAAUUAUGUAUUAAAAAAUGUACAAUAUAUUCGUAUAAACAUUCAUUAUAUCUUUGAAAAAUGUUCAAUGUGCAUAUGGAAAAUAUCCAACUUUUAUACAAUAAAUGUUCAACAUGUGUAUUAAAAAGUUGACUUGUAUUUAAAAAGGAAAAAUGGAGAAAAUAAAAUAUAAAACUGAAAAAAAUAAAGAAAACAUAAGAAAAAGAAGGAAAUCGGUCGGAACCUUCUGAAAACCACAUGAAAGGUCGAAAACCAGUAGCCCAAGUGCAUUAUUUCAUUUCGUUAUAAUAGAGGAUUUACUUUUUUUGAGAAUCUAUAAUAGAGGGUUUACUGCCGAGCAAAAGUUAUACUUAUAUGUUGGGUUGGGCUUUGAAAAAAAUAACUCCACGAAUUGUCAAAGAAAAAAAAGUUCUACAACUCCACGCAUCGCAUCCGCCGCUCUGGACGUGCGGUCGUGCGCAGAUCCGGAGAGCCCGCCGGCGAUGGAUCUCCCCGAAGAGAUGCUUGCCGACAUCCUGCGCCGCGUCCCGGCGCGCCACCUCGCCGCGUGCAGGCGCGUCUGUGCGUACUGGCGCGCCACCAUCGACGCCCGCAGGCUGCUCCUCCCGCACCUCCUGCCGGGCGCGCCGCGCGGCGUCUUCAUCAACAUGGCCGAGGGCUUGCGCGACACCUACUUCUUCGCGCGCGGGGGGCCCACCGGCGGCGUGGACACCCGUCUCGUCGAUGCGCCUACCAGGUGGUGCACAGCCUUCGUGGACCACCGUAACGGGCUCCUCCUGUGCGAGGCCAGCGAGGGCACGCGCUUCGUCUACAACCCGGCCACGCGGAGGUCGGCGGUCCUGCCGCCCGCGCCGCGCGCGGAGCCCUGGAGCGUCGCUUCCGCCGCGUACCUCGUGUUCGAUCCCUUCGUGUCUCUCCACCACGAGGUUCUCCUGCUCCCCGAGCUGCCCGGCGAGCCCCAGCCCCCCGAACCCACCGACCCGCCGCCGCCACCGCCGUUCAACGUUGCGCGGCUCUUCUUCGCGGACGCCGAGUCGUCGGGGCCGCCUCAGAUCGACACCGACGACGAAACGGACUACGAGGAGGACUGGUUGUCCUCGGACUCGGCGUCGGAGGAUGAACCGCGGAAGCGUGCGAGGCCCCGUCAGCGCGAGCACGUCGAGGCGAAGGACACGUUGGGGCUUAUGGAAUGGCCGCCGUCGCCGUACGUGGUGCAGGUGUUCUCGUCCGAGACCGGCCGGUGGGGCGAGAGGGCGUUCGUCCGGGAAGGCAGAGCUCCAGGGACAGUGGCCGACAUGUGGUCGGAUCCACUGUCACCCAGCCACGGAAUGGCAUUUUAUCUACCUGACUGCGGGCCGCGCCGCCGCUGCGCCGUCUACUGGCGGCAAUCGCUCUACGUCCAUUGCCGUGGUGGUUUCAUCAUGAGGUUGUCGCUGCUGACAGGAAAGUAUGUGGUGAUCAAAACCCCAGGAGUCACCAACGUUGCCGAGCGUCCGUGGGCUAUGCCGCGCCUGAGCAAGUCUCGGAAGGGGGUUUACUGCACCAUCAUCGACAUGCUAAAGCUCCAGGUAUGGGUACUGACCGAAGAAUCACCGAUGGCGAUGCCGGUGUGGGAGAUGGCACAUCAUGCCGACCUCGAGCCCUCCAUCAGGCAACUAAUGCGCCAAAACCUUCAAAACUCAGAGAAGUCUUGGACCCUGGACGAUCCCAGGAGACCGAAAUCAUGGACGGAGCAGAGAUGCCGCGAAUGGGACUCGGAUAACGAUGAUGAUGAUGGCGCCGAUGUCAUCGGAGAAGAAGAAGGCGGGUACAUUGGUUGGUUGGAUUUCUUGGGGUAUCAUCCUCUCAAGGAGAUUGUGUUGUUGGGCCACCAGUACGAGCGUUGCGCUUAUGCCUACUACCUGAGCACUUCCAAGCUUGAGUACCUUGGUGAUCUUUGUCCGGUGCCAUGGGAUGAGCAUUAUCCCGCUUGCGUGCAGGAGUCGUACGUGUAUACUCCGUGCAGGAUCGACAUGCUUUCUGAUGAGAAUGGUGUCUCUGUUGAUUUGAGUAAAUGGGUUUCAUAAGCUAGAUAGCUAAUGAAACAAUAUUAGUGAGAUAUGGAGUAGUAAGAAGGAUUUGGAGAAUAAAAUGCUGUAAAUUUAGACUAGCCUUUACAAUGCUGUAAUUGCCAGGUGGAACUCAAUGCUUUUUACAUGUACAUUUGCUUGCUGAAAUUACUUUGCACAGUAAGUUUACACUGCUA